UCUUCUACCGUUUUUUCCUGACCAGCCAUGGCUCGUACCAAGCAGACGGCCCGCAAGUCCACCGGCGGCAAGGCCCCGCGCAAGCAGCUGGCCACCAAGGCCGCCCGUAAGAGCGCCCCGGCCACGGGCGGCGUGAAGAAGCCCCACCGCUACCGGCCCGGCACCGUGGCGCUGCGCGAGAUCCGGCGCUACCAGAAGUCGACCGAGCUGCUGAUCCGCAAGCUGCCGUUCCAGCGCCUGGUGCGCGAGAUCGCGCAGGACUUCAAGACCGACCUGCGCUUCCAGAGCUCGGCCGUCAUGGCCCUGCAGGAGGCGAGCGAGGCCUACCUGGUGGGUCUGUUUGAGGACACCAACCUAGCCAUACUCGUAACCAUGUCUGGCCGAGGAAAGGGCGGUAAGGGUCUGGGCAAAGGCGGCGCCAAGCGCCACCGCAAAGUCCUGCGCGAUAACAUCCAGGGCAUCACCAAGCCCGCCAUCCGCCGUCUGGCCCGGCGCGGGGGAGUGAAGCGCAUCUCCGGCCUCAUCUACGAGGAGACCCGCGGCGUGCUGAAGGUGUUCCUGGAGAACGUGAUCCGCGACGCCGUCACCUACACGGAGCACGCCAAGCGCAAGACCGUCACCGCCAUGGACGUGGUCUACGCGCUCAAGCGCCAGGGCCGCACCCUCUACGGCUUCGGCGGCUGAACUAAACGGACUACUUUGUAUGUAAAAAGGCCCUUUUUAGGGCCACCCACUUG